AUGGCCUCACAAAAUUCAGAAACUGGUUUUAAUACAUUUAGUAUUAGUAAAAAUGAACCACAGAAGUAUAGUGAAACAAAUGAAUCAAGUGAAUCAAGUCUUUUGUUUACAAAACGUAGAAAUGUUAGUAUAGAAGAUAUAGCAAAAAUAUGCUUUUACUACCUUUCAAAUUCUGAUAAAGAACUUCAACUUUAUGGCAAAGAUUUAAAUUAUGAAGAGUUGUAUGAAAAUUCAGUAGAUUUAGCAUUGCCAGAAUUUUUAGUAUCUGGAAAUGCAAUAUUUUUUUCAGAUUUUGUUACAACUAAUCAGGCUAGAGAUGUAGGUAAUAUGAAUUACAAUCCUAUUGAGUUAGCAUGUCAAAUAGUACAAAAUAAAAAGGAUUAA